AUGGAGGAAACAUAUCUUACAAAUGUUGAAGGCAUUAAAAAGACUAUUCUUCAUGGAGGAACUGGUGAGCUGCCAAAAUUUCUCACAGGAUCCAAAGUCACAUUUCAUUUUCGAACUUUAAAAUGUGAUGGAGAUCGAACAGUCAUUGACGACAGUAAACAAGUUGGCAGGCCAAUGGAAAUAGUUAUAGGCAACAUGUUUAAGCUGGAAGUCUGGGAAAUCCUCAUUUCAUCAAUGAGGAUUGGAGAGGUUGCUGAGUUCUGGUGUGACGUCAUUCAUACAGGCCUGUAUCCAAAUGUAGCCAAGAGCUUGCGCCGCAUUGUCGAAGGAAAAGAUCCAACAGACUGGCACAUUCAUACCUGUGGCCUUGCCAAUAUGUUUGCAUACCAUAGCCUGGGAUACGAUGACCUGGAUGAGCUGCAGAAAGAACCUCAGCCGCUUAUCUUUGUUAUUGAACUAUUAAAGGUUGAGUCACCAAGUGCUUACAAACGAGAAACCUGGGCCAUGAAUGAUGACGAGAAGCUUAAGGCUGUUCCUCUGCUCCACGGAACGGGAAACAAACUGUUCAAACUCGGCAGGUAUCCAGAGGCACUGGCAAAAUAUCGUGAAGGGGUUAUCUGCCUGAAGAACCUACAAGUAAAGUUAAAGCCCUGGGAGAUUCAAUGGCUGAAAUUGGAGAAGAUGGUUGUCACUUUAGUUUUGAACUACUGCCAAUGUCUUUUGAAAAUGGAAGAGUACUAUGAAGUGCUGGAGCAAACAACAGACAUCCUCAACAGGCAUCCAGGUACUGUAAAAGCCUAUUUUCUCAGGGCCAGAGCACACGCUGAGGUGUGGAAUGAAGCAGAAGCCAAAGCAGAUUUUGAGAAGGUUUUGGAGUAUGACAGUGGAAUGAUCAAGUCGGUGAGGAAAGAGCUACGGAUUCUAGAGUGCAGAAUGAGAGAUAAAGAAGAGGAGGAAAAACUACAGUUCAAGAGAAUGUUUCAUAAAUGAACUCACCACCAAAACAUUAUAAUACCUUACUGUAGUCAAUGAGUCCUUACACAAAAUACAGUUUACAUUUGGAAAGUUUCUUUUUCUUAAAUUUAUUUUCUUUUUCAUUAAAGUUAUACUUUCAUGUAAAGAACCCUAUUAGACAGGAUAAAUUUAAACAUAGGCAGAGAUGUGAUGGGAUAGUUUACAUUCUUAAAGCAAUUUUAUACCAAGAUUGUGGACCAAACAAAAUGUGGACUACAAGGGAUCACAAUUCUGAUUCUCACAACAGAAGUCAUCAGAAAAAACUGGUCCGGUUUGAAGACAGUACAGCAAUGAAUGCAAUGAAUUGAAGGUGUUUUCAAAAGAACAACUGAUAAUUGUAUGAUCAGUAACAACAGACAUCAACUUAGUUUCAUGUUACUUGUGUCUUUUGCCUCUUGACAUGCAUGGAGUUUGGACUGAUCUUAAUAGGAUGUUAGGGGAGAAAAUGAAUGAACAGCUGCUAUAAGGUGUGAUCUUAUGGAGGGAAGCGUAAGUCAGAGCAUCGUUAUUAGCUGUUAGACAAGUAUCUCCUUCUAAUUAUAGACAAUGGGUGCAGGAGUAGGCCAUUCAGCCCUUUGAGCCAGCACCGCCAUUCACUGUGAUCAUGGCUGAUCAUCCCAAUCAGUAUCCCGUUCCUGCCUUCUCCCCAUAUCUCUUGACUCCGCUAUCUUUAAGAGCUCUAUCUCUUUCUUGAAAUCAUCCAGAGA